AUGGCCAGUCUUCAACGAUUGUUGCGGAGUCGCCCGCUGAUAGGAGCCAGUCAACAAUUCAUGCAAGGUCGAUUCCUUCACUCGACACGCAUCGCUGCUCAAGCAACUACAGCAGCAGACACAACAUCAGGCACUGCCAAACUCCAGGAAUACGGCAAAUUCAUCAUGUCCUGUCUCCCAAAAUAUAUUCAGCAGAUAUCCAUCUACAAGGACGAACUCACCCUAUUCGUGGCACCCUCAGCUCUAAUCCCAACAAUGACCUUCCUGCGCGACCACGCUGCUACCCAAUUCAAACAAUGCCAGGACGUAUGCGGGGUCGACUAUCCAACCCGCUCAAACAGAUUCGAGGUCGUAUACCAUCUCUUGUCUCUCCGCUACAACACCCGUAUCCGUGUAAAGACAUAUGCUUCGGAGGUAUCGCCCGUCCCAUCGGUAGUCGACUUGUUUCCAGGGGCUAACUGGUUUGAGAGGGAAGCGUGGGACAUGUAUGGCAUCUACUUUACUGGACACCCGGAUUUGAGACGUAUUUUGACGGAUUAUGGGUUUGAGGGGCAUCCAAUGAGGAAGGAUUUCCCAUUGACGGGUUAUGUCGAGGUUAGAUAUGAUGAUGAGAAGAAGAGGGUUGUUGCCGAGCCGUUGGAGCUUGCUCAGUCUUUUCGUGUCUUCGAUGUACAAUCACCUUGGGAACAAACAGGUUCCGGAACUCCAGUCCCUAAAAUAUUGCCAGAACCACCAAAAGCAGAUGUACCGCCACCACCACCAGCUGCAGGUGGUAGUGCUCCUCCUCCACCUAAAGCAUAA